GAUGGGGCUGGUCAAGAAGACUCCUGGUAGAGUCUUUGCAUCAGGCCCAGGCUUAGCAUAAAAGCAGAUCCUGCAGUCUGGGAGGUGGCAAACAGGGGACCAUGGAGACCCAGAGGGCCAGCCUCUCCCUGGGACGGUGGUCACUGUGGCUACCGCUGCUGGGACUAGUGCUGCCCUCGGCCAGCGCCCAGGCCCUCAGCUACAGGGAGGCUGUUCUUCAUGUUGUGAAUCGCAUCAAUGAGUGGUCCUCAGAAGCUAAUCUCUACCGCCUCCUGGAGCUAGACCCACCUCCUAAGGAGGACGAUGAGAACCCAAACAUCCCGAAGCCUGUGAGCUUCAGGGUGAAGGAGACUGUAUGCCCCAGUACGAGCCAGCAGCCCGCGGAGCAGUGUGACUUCAAGGAGAAUGGGCUGGUGAAGCAAUGUGUAGGGACAGUCACUCUGGAUGCGGUGAAAGGCAAAAUGAACAUCACCUGCGAGGAGUUGCAGAGUGUUGGAAGAUUUAAACGAUUUCGUAAGAAGCUUAAGAAACACUUUAAGAAAAUUGCUCCACUCAUUGGCCCAAUACUCCAUUUGGGGUAAAUUGUGAGCCCAUGGAAGAAUCCUGUGUGUGUCCUCCCUGGCUCAGGCUUUUGGAUUCUGAGAAAGUAAAG